AUGAUUUAUAAUUAUCAAAUGUUAAAUAUGAUUGACAAUAAUCAAAGAAAUUUUUUAUUUUACAAUUCAAUUCUUUUUUCCAAGAUCGAUUCAACUUCAAAUAAACAUGAAAAACUUCUAAAUGAAAUUCGAUUACAUCGAAAACAAUUAGGAAAUAAAGUUUUAGUAGGAAAAUCACUUACUGUACAAUUUUUAGUCAAUGAUAAAUCGCAUUCUCAAUCGAAAGAAAUUUAUGCUGAACUUAAUCGUUUAACACUUGAACUUCUUGCUGAUGGUUAUGUAUUUGAUCCAAGUUGGAUCAGUCGUAAAUUACGAGAUGAUGAAACUGUUAUAUCUGCAUUAUGUGGUCAUAGUGAAAAACUUACAUUAGCUUUUAAUUUGAUUCAAAAACCUAUUCCAUCUUUUAUUCAAAUAAAAAAUAAUAUUCGUCUUUGUGGUGAUUGUCAUGAAUUCAUGAAACGAGUAGCUAAACUUCGACAAUGCGAAAUUAUUGUUUCUGAUGCAAAUCGUAUUCAUCAUUUUAAAACAAAUGGUGAAUGUUCUUGUAAAACACGACAUAUUUUACAAUUUAUUCAUAGAGAUCGAGGUUCAAUGAUAAGUAUUGUACACUAA